ACGAGGCUGUGGGCGCGGGCUGCAGAUGUCGGACCGGCAGGCGGCUGAGGGGCCGGGCUUCUGGAGCCCCGCAGUCCGCCGAGGGUCGGCGGGAGACCUCGGGGACCGCCCGCGAGUGAAGGGGAGCCAGACGGUCGCCUCAGCAGAUGAAGAUCUGGGAAACACCAAAGUCACUGCUUCACUAGCUUCUGACUCUGAUCCAUCACCCCACUCCUCACCCUACAGGCCACAGAUGGUAUCUCCAGUGAGCAAGCAUGUCACUGAAGAUCUGCAGAAAGCUGCUCGUACCUUGGAGGCUCGGGCUUUAGUGGAACAGGAGUUGCUGCCUAAAGACCAGGCCCGGAUCCUCAGUGAGAUGGCCAGAUAUCAUGUUCCACAAAGAUCUGGAGACAUCAUUAUGAUCCAGUCUGAGCAUACAGGAGCUAUAGAUGUUCUCUCAGCUGAUUUGGAAUCUGCAGAUCUUCUGGGUGAUCAUAGAAAAGCCUGCCCACCUCUGAUGGCUCCUCCAUGCAUCUGGACCCUUGCCAAGGUGAAGGAAUUCAAAAGCAAGCUGGGCAAAGAGAAAAACAACCGUCUGGUGGUGAAGCGUGGUGAGGUAGUGACCAUCCGGGUACCUACUCACCCAAAGGGGAAGCGUGUCUGCUGGGAAUUUGCAACUGAUGACUAUGACAUUGGCUUUGGAGUUUAUUUUGACUGGACCCCUGUCACUAGCACUGAUAUAACUGUGCAGGUCAGUGAUUCCAGUGAGGAUGAGGAUGAAGAAGAUGAGGAAGAGGAAGAAAUUGAAGAACCUGUCCCAGUGGGAGAUGUGGAGAGAGGCUCCAGGAGCUCCUUGAGGGGUCGCUACGGGGAGGUCAUGCCUGUGUAUCGGCGGGACAGCCACCGAGACGUGCAGGCUGGCAGCCAUGACUACCCUGGGGAGGGCAUCUACCUGCUCAAGUUUGACAACUCGUACUCUCUGCUCCGCAACAAGACUCUCUACUUCCACAUCUACUACACUAGCUGAAGGACACUCACCUAGGGGCAGGCUGUGUUUGCUGGUGGAAGCAGGCUGCCAGCUGAUGCCUCUUGUGGAUAGGCAAGAGGAGAGUGUGUGAGGCUUCUGAGCCUCACAUCCUGCCUGGUAUGCCUGAGUGAUGAGUCUGUGUAGCUUUCUUCCCUUCUGGCUUCUGCAGGUGGUGGUGUAGUGCCCCCUGUUCUGUGGUCCCUGACUCAAGCUCUUGUUGCUUCAGGCUCCAGCAAAAUCCCUUUCUGAAGGCAUCUGUCAGGCAAAAGCUUAAAAGAAGGUAGAAAUUGUCUUGUAGAAACUAGUUUGUGUUGGUACAAAGUUUAUCAUUCAGAUUGCUGCUUGCUCCUUUCCAGAGCCUAAUGCAUUUAGUGGCACCCAUCCUCUACUUUUGAGGUGCCAGUAGAGGGAAAAGCACAUUGUCUAUGAAAGAGCCCAAAUGGAGAAACCUCUAUCCAGCCUCUCACCACUGCCAUAUUCCUGCCUGCUGGGUAUUCUUGGUCUUUAGCACGGCUGGGAGACCUCACUGCCUUGGAGGGAUAUUCUCAUUCUUGGUGGUUAGAAUCCUCUUUUCUCUUCCCCAAGUCUGUGGUUUUGCUAUAUAUUAAGAACUCUCAUGCAAUCUAAACUGGUGAUGAAUAUAAUCUAAGACCUUUUGGGAAGAAAAACAGCCUCCAUCACUUCCGGUUUCCAGAAUUAGUUUCCCUUACCAUGGUGCAGGCAGUUGAAGAACCAGUGGAAAUUAGGUACUCAGUUGACCUCAGAAUACUCUUCUUUGAAAGUCAAGUGUUAUUCUUUUUUUUCCCUCCCUUCCCCUUCUUUUCCCUCCCCUCUCCUUUUUUGGUAGACUCAAAGAAGGAAGAAUAUUGUCUGAGAGAAAGUUACAAAGAAAAAACAAAUACCCUACAUUCCCCACUACCUGUUUUGUUUACAGUAGAAGUGUUAUUUAGAAAUUUUACUUUGGAACCAAGUGCAGUACAACCUCAUCUAUAUUUCUGAAGUUUCUGGUGUUCAAAGUCCCUCUUAGGAAAGAUAAUAAUGAAAUUUCACUGUUGCUGCUGUUUGUAAGUAUUCUUUACCUGGCCAAAGUUUGCAUUUCCCUGCUGACAGCCUUUUUUUCUCUGUUUCCCCCUUAGGCCCAGGGGGGCCACGGAGUGCAGGUGGUGCUGGGGCCAGUGGCUGCCAGGGCUUCAGGCAGAAAGGGAGAUGGGGACCUUAGCAGUCAUCUGUGCCUCCUUGUUACUUAUUCCUGUGUUAAGUCUGUUACUCUCUUUGCAUAUUGAAUGGACUUAUUUAUUACUUUAUUUAUGUGGUUUGUUUAGUGCAUUUCAUUUUGCCCUUGAAACAGUUUCUGUUUCUCAGAAGGCAUCCCACCUGCUCUAAGCUACAGAAGCCACCUCUUCUGUGAAGUUCAAGAGGAUGAUGUAGGAAGACUCAGGAAGUGACCAUGUCAACCCUGUGGUAUUUUGGAAAGAGUCUGCCCCUUCAAAGAUGGAUAACUCCAUCCUAGUCCAAGUUUUGGCACAGCAUAGCACUCCCCAUGAGGAAUUUUUGUGUGGUGAGGGACUCUUCUCUGAGGAAGGGGUAUUAGCCAGUUACUAUUGGAGCUAUUGAAUUUUUGCCUCCACUGAUGACUUGUUUGGCUUAUUCCUUCAUUGUGUGGAUGCCUCCACCCAGCUUCUCCUUCUUCCUUAAAUAGGCACUGCAGGGAGUCCACUGAGUUCCCUAAUGAGAUGACCCUUCAGCAGUCUUAGUGGCAUAUGUGUUAGUCCAAGUAGGACAAACGUGUCUGCUCUACAGCCUCCCAGUCUCUGAGCGACAUCUGUCCUCCAAUGUUUUAUCAUUGUAAAUGUGUUUGGUAGAGGGUACACUGGUCAAAACUUAGCACUUUAUAAGAAAUUGUUCUAGUCUACUUGGGCAGUGAAAGCAAACCUUCAGUGCUUUAUACCAUCAGAUAGCUGAGUGACCACUCCUUUGUCAAUGAAGUUGGAUCAUGCCUUAGCUAAGUGUAACCUUUGUAUAAUAAUUUUCUACUGAGCUAUUUUCCAGUCAGCAAAAGACUUGCUUGUUUCCUAUUUGUUAUUGACUUCUGAUUGCCUCUCUAAUGGAGUUGUCAGGCCAUGCAAAGCAAGCUCCCAGGGGAUAACAUAUGAUUCACUUUUGAUUUCUGCAAUGAGAUUCUCCUCAUUUAUCUUUUUAGAAUCUUAGUUGUGUAGUAUCAGGGAAGCCUGAGGGGCUUGUUUCCAACAGUCUGUUACUAUCUGGUCACUCUUUUAAGUCCUGGCUGUGGAAUUUUAUUUAUUUUUUUUCUUCUUCAAUGGAGUAUCUUUGUUCUGUUAGUACAAUGUAGCUAAAAAGAAAAUCCUGUGUGAUGGGUUCACUAUUCUCAUAUUAAGUUCCUGAAAUAAUUGACUUACAGAACAAAAUACUAUUUGCUGUCAGUCCCUCCCUGUUCAAGUUUAUAGAACCAAUGAAAUAAAAAUGAUGUCUCUUCAUCCCCAUCCUGUUCUCUGGAGCACAAAUAAAUAUUAACUAUUACUUGGAAGUUGGUAGGACAGAGUUUGGAAUUCUUUU